CAGCCGGUUACAUAAUAAAUUAUGCUCCUUUAAUAACAAUAUUUGUAGGGAAUAAGUGGGAGUGAUAUGUGCUAAUCGCUGUUCAAAAAGUUUGGCUUAGUUUGCUGUAUAAGAAGAAAAAAAAUGCCUGCAAGGCUGAACUGGGGGCCUAAUCGAACCUAAUUUAUGCAGUCCGCCAUUAAAGGUGUGGCGGAACUUUAACGGCUGUAAGCUUUUAGGACUUGUUUUACUUUUUACAGCGAUUUUCGUAGAAAGUAAAACUCGAAUUUUUUAUACAGAAGUCGUCCGUAGCUAAAGGUUUUGUGUCGCUUACGUUUCAAACGGUCACGUAACGGUUAGCUCGGGCUAAUUAACCGCCCAGCCGGUUGGCCGCUAACGUCCCACACUCAACAUGUCCGCCGGGAAGGUCCACGUCUGCUCGGCAGGAAUGCGGUAGGCGGGGCUGCUAGGCUAGUGUCAAACUUUGGGAAUGACAGGAGUGCUGCAGGAUUCGCAAAGAAGGGGAAGUGUCGCCCUUGUUGGUCCUGUUUGGAUUACUUUGACAUCUUUUCACGCACAGCCUUUGGAUUCGCCACCCUUUCUACAGAUAGCACGGCCUCAAGCAGAGACUCCUCAGCCAUGUCGGAGGACCUGAGCUCCCAACCCUGGUCCAUCAACAAAGAUGAUUAUGAGCUACACGAGGUGAUUGGGAGUGGGGCCACAGCAGUGGUUCAAGCAGCUUACUGCAUACCACGCAAGGAGAAGGUGGCCAUCAAACGCAUCAACCUAGAGAAGUGCCAGACCAGCAUGGAUGAACUCCUGAAAGAGAUUCAAGCCAUGAGCCAGUGCCACCACCCCAAUAUUGUGUCUUACUACACCUCGUUCGUGGUAAAGGAUGAGCUGUGGCUGGUCAUGAAGCUGCUCAGUGGCGGCUCCGUGCUGGACGUGAUCAAGCAUAUCAUCUCGCGAGGCGAACACAAGACGGGCGUCCUGGAUGAGGCCAGCAUAGCCACUGUGUUGAAAGACGUGCUCGAGGGCCUGGAGUACCUACACAAGAAUGGACAGAUCCACAGAGAUCUUAAGGCUGGAAACAUUCUCCUCGGGGAUGAUGGCUCAGUGCAAAUUGCAGACUUCGGCGUCAGUGCCUUUCUAGCCACAGGCGGUGACAUCACUCGAAAUAAAGUGCGCAAGACGUUUGUGGGAACGCCAUGUUGGAUGGCGCCAGAGGUCAUGGAGCAGGUGAGGGGUUACGAUUUCAAAGCCGAUAUUUGGAGUUUCGGAAUCACGGCCAUCGAGCUCGCCACAGGGGCUGCACCUUAUCACAAAUACCCACCAAUGAAGGUCUUGAUGCUGACACUGCAGAACGACCCCCCGGCCCUGGAGACUGGCAUCACAGACAAGGAGAUGGUUAAGAAAUAUGGCAAAUCCUUCAGGAAGAUGAUCUCCAUGUGUCUACAGAAGGACCCAGAGAAAAGGCCAACGUCCUCGGAGUUGUUGAAGCAUAAAUUCUUUCAGAAAGCAAAGACCCACGAGUAUUUACACGAGAAGUUACUUCAGAGGGCGCCCACAAUAACAGAGAGGUCGAAAAGGGUACGUCGAGUGCCAGGGUCCAGCGGGCGGCUGCAUAAAACGGAGGAUGGCGAAUGGGAAUGGAGCGAUGACGAGCUGGAUGAAGAAAGCGAAGAGGGCAAAGCAGCCGUUGCUGCCUUAAGGUCACCAAGGGUGAAGGAGGGAUCACAGAAUUCAGAGGUUUUCCAGACUUCUGAGUCUUCAAGUAAUCAACUCCAGCCAGUGGCCGCAGGUCAGGCAGAACUACCUCAGGCUGCAGGCCAGGUUCCACUGCAGCCCACACCCGUCAACACUCAAUCCACUGCCCAGGCUGCAUCUCCCACACCAGCUGUACCCACUGCUGCUGCUGCUGCUGCUGCUGUUCCCACACAGGCUCCAGCUGUCUCAGGGGACGUCAAGGCUCCCAUUAGUUUGGUAUUAAGGUUAAGAAAUUCAAAGAAGGAGCUGAAUGACAUCCGCUUUGAAUUUAUGCCAGGGAGAGACACAGCAGAUGGAGUGUCCCAGGAGCUAGUGUCAGCAGGCCUGGUGGACGGGAGGGACUUAGUAAUAGUUGCUGCAAAUUUGCAGAAAAUAGUCGAUGAGCCUCAAGCCAAUAAAAAUGUCACUUUCAAACUGGCUUCUGGAAUUGAGGGAUCUGAAAUACCAGAUGACGUGAAAUUGAUGGGCUUUGCUCAGCUCAGCAUUAGUUAAACUGUUGUUCUACCUGGGACCGUGACUUGCCUAAAAAAUGUGAAAAUUAAAAAAAAAAAAAAAACAAACAAAAAAAAUAGUUUAAUGCAUUUUUUUUUCUUUCUAUUGGCUGUAAAGAAACCACUACUGCCAAAGAAAACAGUACCGUUUUGUCACCCAUAGGAUUAUACAAUGCCGCCUCGUUGAAUUGAGCGGUCGGCUGAAGUAUCAGAGCGUACAGUAUAAGAAUCACUCAAAAAAAAAAAAAAAAAGUUUACAGCGUAUAUGUAGAAGGAUGCAAGUAUCAACAAACAGUUUUCAUUCACCAUUCUGGUCUCUCUCAUUCUGUUAUUUUUCUUUCUUCUCUAAUAUGUGAUGCAUUUGCACAAUCUGAACUAACGCCCUUGAACCCUGAUAAGUGUAACAAUGCCUUAUAUUCAUCAGAACUACUGAAUGCACGUUUUUAGGGGGGGAAGUCCCCUACUUACCAUAUGGAGCAUUAUGUUGUCUGUACAAAUGUGGUUUCGGUUGCUCGUGUCAAACUUUUUACUUCAUAUUCAGCGGAGGAAAACGUUUUGUCUCACCGACGAGUGCCGACGUGACGUCGCACAGCAAAUGUAAUGUGAAAUAACGAAAAGAUGUGAAGAGCAGUAACAGUCUUUAAAGGAUGAGGCGAGAUUUAUUUGUUUCUUAUCGUCAAUGGAUGCCACGAAAAGAUCAACAGGUCAGCAGUACUUCUUCCUGCACAUCAAAUAUAGAAUUUAAUUUUUCAGUUUCUUCAACAGCAGAGCACUUUUACCAAAAACUCACUCAAACAGUAAAUGCUGCGUUCUCUGUGUACUAUUUUAAGAUGCAGGUUAAUACACAUUUGGUGCUCUGGUGAGUAUUUUCAGCAGCGGGAGGGUGUAUGUCGGAUUGACAAAUAAACUACAGUUCCCUCAUUCAUCAUAAUUAAGAAACAUGUCACCCAGUACAACUGUGUGGCUCAUUGAUGUCUUUUUAAGGAGCAAGAAUGGGGGGAGGAAUAUCGGACACAGACAAAUGUUGAUUUUUGUGGGAUUUGUUGACUAUAAGAAAACUAACGAAUGUCAUCAGUCUCAUCCUGUAAGUAUUGAUACAACCAGCAUUAUGAGAAAGGAAAGUCUGAUGAAAGAAUUAGUUUCAAGUAACUAUACAAAUAUAAAUAUAUAAACCAUAACUCCUUAAAUGAACUUAAAUGCAAGAUGAUGUUUUUCUUUUUUCUUCAGUUUUCAGUUCUUGUGUUAUGCCAACUUGUGUUUUGGGGUUAGUCAAAACUCAAAAUUGAUGUAGCAUGAAAUUAGAAAACCAAAAUUUGCCUCCACUCAUUUUACACACAACGCCGGCCUGAGGUCUUUUUUGUAGAUCUGAGUAUUGGUUGGAGUAAAAAGUUUUCAGUCGCAGCUGAAACCACGAGCGUCGUAUGAGCAGAUGUGUCUGUCUGUUGGUAUUAGUUUGUGUCUGUUUUUGGAAUCAGUUUCUCAAAUUCUUCAAGAAAGGAGGAAAAAAAAAAGUGCAUUUUGUUUAUGUGGAUGAAACAUAAGUACUUGAUUUAACCUCUAGUUUGUACAUAAUGACAUUUGGCUUUGAUUUGUUUUUAUACCGGGUGUUUCACUCUUGGCCUUUUUUUUUCUGUCCUAUGACACGAUUGUGGGUUGUAGCACUGCGUGAAGGAAGACGACAACACUGCAAAAUUAGCUUUGAAUUCUCUCAUUUUGCAGGACAUACUGCCACUUUACUGUGUGUCAUGUAUGAUUUACCUUUGCUCAUGAUGCUUUUCUUUUUUCUUUUCUUUUUUUCUGCCUUUUGAAAAGUUUGAAUAUGUUUCACCAUGGAGCCACAGCUGUCCUGAUGCACUGCUUAAUGCCUGUCCACCUUAAACUCCCCUCCCCCCCAAAAAAAUUUAGCAGAGUAACAGCAAAUUUGUCUCCAACUCUUAAUACCAAGUGGAGGCUGUUUACAGUCCUUACUUUAACCCACAUCUGAAGUCAUACAGCUGCUUUAUCACUUAUUUUUAAACGGCUAAAAUAAAGAUUUUUUUUUUACAUCUUUCAUUUUGGAGAAAAAAAAAAGCUAGGCUAUGAUUGUAGACAACGAUGUAAACGAUCAGAAAUGUGUUUUUUUGGAUUUGGAUGAAAAAGGGGGCUGUCAUCAGCACGGACGUCGCAUCCUUUUCAAACAUGCUCUGGAUGUUUCAAAAUGAACGUGCAUCUCAAUGACAGCAGCAGGUUCAUUUAACAUUCUGCUCUAAUGUGUGUAGAUCUGAAAUGCCAGCAAGGUUUUUACGGUUUCAUUUGGUGACGUGAUAAUGUCAGAAUCCUCCAGAUGCCAUAUUGAAUGAAAAUGAAUGAAUUCUUUUGCUUGCAGAUAAAAACGUUCAGAGGAAAUCUUUGUAUUUUGACGUUAGACAUGUUAAAUUUUACGCUAGCCUUAAAUUGAAAACGACCAAGUGUAUUUUUUCUUCUUCUUUUUUUUUUUUUUUUUGACAUGAUGUCAAAGUUUUGAUUCAGAUUUUCAGUGUCUUUUGAAAUUGUAGUUCUUGUUACACGUGAAGAUACCUGAAAUAAAGAUAUACAGGUGUGUGUCGACCCUGUGUUCUCCUCAAGGGGGAGCGACAAAGUCAGCAACCCGAUGUUACUCUUAAGUUUCUGAACUGCAGUAUCUGGUGCCAUUUUCCUGGUUUAUUAGUCUGCAGCUGACGGCAGACGAGGACAGGAUAGGUGUGUAUGAGCCCUGAGAGUGUGUGUAUGUAUGUGUGUGUUGCGUAGAUUGAGCCCUGCUUCUAACGGAGUUGAAGAUCUAAUGGCUUUGUUCUCAUCCUUUCUCCAACAGUCUCUUCUGUCUCUGCUUACAUGUAGUCUAACCAAGCUGUAGCAAACUGAACAGAUGACGGGCAAAAACACUUUUGUCCAGGAAAUAACUCAUCAAGGCUGUAAUAUAUUUGAAUUUUCCACCUGUUUUUAGUUUUUUUUGUUUUUGUUUUUUUCAUUCUUUCAUUUGCUCCAUUUUUGAUCGUUUUUGGAGUUCAAAGCAUGUUUCUCUUGAUUAUUUUUAAUCAAUAAAGAAUGAGCAUAUCAGCCA